UAAAUGCUCAGGGGAUCCUCUACCGGUUUCCACUCAAGUCAGUCGUACUACACCCGCGUCAGUGCCAGCAGCCAACUUCAUUGUGAAGGGAACUGCUUUUUUUUUAAAUCCCCGCAUCCGGGCCUAAUGGACAAACUCUUUGUAAAUGCUUUUUAAGAAUCCUCACUCUAGGAAAACAAACACUGGCUACUCCGCAGGCCCUGGCCUCGAGUCUUAUUUGAAGGGAUUUAACUUCACUGGUGAACCGCCUUGGCUUCUCUGUACCUAAGUGACGGCAACACUAAAUUCCAAUCUCUUUCAUAUUCAAUUUUACUAGUUACCAAUCAAAAGGACUUAUUGUCACCAUGACUACUGCCACUCCUGCUGAGUUUGAAUUCUCUUUCCUGGAGGAGGGCUUUUCUGCCCGAGAUGUUGUUGAGCAGAAGAUCAAUGAGUCAUCCAUGACGGACGACAGGGAUGCCUUUUACGUCUGUGAUUUGGGAGAUGUCCUGAAGAAACACCUGCGCUGGGUGAGGGCCCUGCCUCGUGUCACUCCCUUCUAUGCGGUCAAAUGCAAUGACAGCCGGGCUGUUGUUAUGACACUGGCAUCCCUGGGAACUGGCUUCGACUGUGCAAGCAAGACGGAGAUUCAGCUGGUUCAGUCUCUGGGAGUGGAUCCAGGCAGAAUCAUCUAUGCCAACCCCUGCAAGCAAGUUUCUCAGAUCAAGUAUGCAUCUGCCCAUGGGGUCCAGAUGAUGACCUUUGAUAGCGAGGUGGAACUCAUGAAAGUGGCCCGCUGUCACGACAAUGCCAAGCUGGUGCUGCGGAUUGCCACAGAUGACUCAAAGGCAGUGUGUCGCCUCAGUGUAAAGUUUGGGGCCCCACUCAAAGCCUGUCGAGGUCUUCUGGAGCGGGCUAAGGAACUGGGCCUGGAUGUGAUCGGUGUCAGCUUUCAUGUUGGCAGUGGUUGCACUGAUCCAGAGACUUACUCCCAAGCUAUCUCCGAUGCCCGCUGCGUCUUUGAUAUUGGGGACGAACUGGGCUUCAACAUGGACCUUUUGGACAUUGGGGGUGGUUUCCCUGGUACAGAUGACACUGGACUCCAAUUUGAAGAGAUCACAGCUGUAAUCAGCCCAGCCCUGGACAAAUAUUUCCCUACUGAUGCUGGUAUUAAGGUCAUUGCUGAGCCAGGGCGCUUUUAUGUGGCCUCUGCUUACACACUGGUUGUCAACAUCAUUGCCAAGAAGGUCAUCAUUGACGAUGAAUCAGCCUCUGACGAGGAAGAUGAAGGGACCAAUGACAGGACUCUGAUGUACUAUGUCAACGAUGGAGUAUACGGCUCUUUCAACUGUAUACUCUAUGACCAUGCUCACUGUUUGCCAACACUGCAUAAGAAGCCAAAGCCAGAUGAAGUCAUGUACCCCUGCAGUAUCUGGGGUCCAACAUGUGAUGGCCUUGAUCGCAUUGCUGAGCAGUGUAGCCUGCCUGACCUGCAGGUGGGUGACUGGCUGGUUUUUGAGAACAUGGGUGCCUAUACUGUGGCUGCCUCCUCCACAUUCAAUGGCUUCCAAAGACCUGACCUGCACUAUGUCAUGUCCCGCCCUGCCUGGCAACAAGUGCAGCAGAUCUGUUCCCAGGGCAUGCCAGCUCCUGUGGAGGAGUCCUGCCUGUUGGAAGUGCCAGCCUGCUGUGGCAGAGAAAGCAGCUUGGAGAUGCCCACUAAGGCCUGCCAGGCCCAUGUUGUUUAAACCCAUAAUGUACAUUGCAGCAAUGUUAUAGCAUCCUUUCUUAUUUGAGAAGGUGCUUUUUUUCCCUCUUCUCUCCAAAUGUACGUGAAAUUUAAGGCCAGUUACUUGACAGGAGAAUGAGAGGGGCACGUUGCACAAAUUUUGUGUUCUGUAUGGAAGCUGGGGAUCAACCCUAAAUGAAAUGAGGCUGAAUCACACUCUGAGUGUCUCUGUGUUCCAGGCAGUGUGACGGGGUGACUCUGUACUCUAAUUUGUUGCUGGAGUCUUGUCUUGGUUGAGAGAGUGACUAUAAGACAGAGCACUGUAGUUAAAGAAUAACCCAUUUGUUGAACUGGAGUAGUGUAGGGAAAUGAACUCUUUGCUAAAUAAAUUACAAAACUACACUUGAUGGAAACUGCUGCAGUAGUCCAAGAGAUAAGGGGUUACCAGUGCUCUUUAAUAUCAGCAUAUAGUCGCAGAAUGCCUUUAGCAUAGGCAGUGGACGUUGCUAGCUGACCUGCAAAAUGUACAAGAAGUUAUUAAACUGCUGAAGUCACAUAUCUAUCUUGUAACUUGCAAAGGGGUGGUUAGAGGGGUGAUUUAAAUCCUCACUAAUGGCUGCUAUGUUUGUAUUUAUAUUUUAAACGAUCUCCUCUUCUGUACAGAACCUGUUAAGUGUUAGUCCUCAAGAUGAUUUUCUUUACUGCCAUUUAUAAUAUAACUAAUCUUUGUUGUCUGUAAAUGCCUCUGUGCUGAUAAUGGCCAAAGCUAUGCUUUCCCAUUUGCAAAAACCUGUCAGAGCAGUACAUGUAUGCACUACAUGGACUAAAUAGGCAUUUAUGCUGGUUAUGUCAAGCGUGUGAUUCCUGCAUUAGUACUGUUCACCAGAAACUACGGUGCCACUAAAAGCAUCUUGAAGAUUAACACUUAAAACACAGGGACUCAAGAAGCAGACUGCACCGCUCCUCAUCUCCUCCUUAUUUUAUUUUUUUGUAACUUGUAGAAGGCAGGACAUCUGUUCAUGAUAUUAAAUAAGAAGCAGUGUUUAACCAUACAUUUUAAAUGGAUCUGAAAGAGACGGGAUUGCAAAUUCAUAAUGCUUUCCUAUGGAAACUUUUUGAAGUUUUGUAUUUUUUUAAUAAAUAAAAUAUUAGGUGCAGAGCCAAAUUA